AUGUUCUUCAUCGUCCCCGAACGAAAGGGUUCAAACCCGCCUCCCAGCCCUCCCUUGGACGAUCCGUCGGCUUCUCCGCCACAGAGAAAGCGCCAGCGUUUGUCUCCCGAAGCAGAAGAGAUAUCGGGCUAUUAUCCUAAGCGUACGCCCAAGGCCUGCGACCGUUGUCGUCUGAAGAAAGCGCGCUGCCAGUGGAGCGUCGGGAAAAUCUGUGACAAGUGCAAGCGCGAUGGCGUCAUUUGCACGACCAAUCGAGAAUCGAAGAGAGAACCCAAACCACCGAAUGCGGCCUACGUCCAACUUGUGGAGUCCCAGAGAGACUGUCUCCUUCGAGCUAUUGGCAAAAUAGUCGAAGGAGGGUUGUCAAAUGAUCCUGCGGCCAUGGCGAAAAUGCUGCAAGAGUUGGGCAUCAGCGUACAGGAUCUCAAAAGAGCGCCCCGCGAGGGUCUUGUGGAUGAACCUACAACGAAUCUGGACGAUGUUGACAUAUGUCAGAAUGCAGCCGAGAUACAGGCGCUUUUGGACGAUUGGACAGCGGAAAACACAAGCAUAGGGAAACACACCUGUUUAUCGACGUUGGUAUCUCGCAACCUCGCAACCUCUCAGUCUUAUUUUGACUCACCCCCGCACACUGAUGUCCAGUCAGACGUGUCCCAGACGUUGUCGAAUUCAUCGGCAGAUGCGACAUCCACCCUGGAUAUGAUGUUCCUACCCUCGAUUGGAGCUGAUGACUGGCUAGCAUUUGACGGCUGCACGGACAAUUGGUCAUUGCCUUUCGUGGAACCGCGGAUUAAUGGAGUUAAGAACUCGGUUGAGGCAUGA